AUGGGCACGGUGCCGCAGCGCCUGCAGCGCCUCCUCGAUCGCCCCGGGCCGUUGGGCGACCUACUGGGUCGCCUGGAAGCCCGCACCGGCGUCCGGCGGCUCUACCUGGCCACAGGUUCUGCGGCGUUCCUGGGGCUGUACCUCAUGUUCGGCUAUGGUGCCUCGCUGCUCUGCAACCUCAUCGGCUUCGCCUACCCUGCGUACGUCUCCAUCAAAGCCAUCGAAAGCUCCAGCAAAGAGGACGACACCACGUGGCUGACGUACUGGGUGGUGUACGGCAUCUUCAGUGUAGCCGAGUUCUUCUCCGACAUCUUCCUCUACUGGUUCCCCUUCUACUACGUUGGGAAGUGCCUGUUCCUGGUGUGGUGCAUGGCUCCCGUGUCCUGGAACGGGUCGCAGGUGAUCUACCAGAACGUUAUCCGGCCCUGCUUCCUCAGGCACCACCAGACCGUGGACAACGUGCUGGGCAACCUCAGCACCAAAGCUCUGGACGUGGCUUCCAGCGUCACCCGAGAAGUCCUGCAGACUCUGGUCAGCAGCAGAGCCCGGCUGGCGGCCGAGGUGGCACCGCAGCUCAGCCUGUCUGUAUGUAAAGAGCCGCGGUUCCUGCUGCCGCCGAAGGGAGAAAGGGCCCUUCCGUGCCCAUCGCCUCGCCGCUACCGCCAGCCGCUUGGCCGGAUCCGGCGGACGGCUGCGGCCACGGCGGCGCCGGCCAAACCGAGCUCCUGCUCUCGCAGACGCCGGCGUGGCUCGCGCGCAACCGUCCCUUUCUCCCUCGGCGUGGGUAGAGCAGACGCUUUCCCUCCCGCUUCUCCGUAG